UUUGUGUUUUUGUUUGGGUUUUUUUUUUUUGGUUUGGUUUGGUUCUUUUGCAAAUCGGAAGGAGAAUGGGGUUCGAGUUGGAUCGCUUCAACGGGGACGUAGAUCCCGACUUCAAAUGCAAUCUCUGCAACAAAGUUCUGGAGGACCCCUUGACCACCCCCUGCGGCCACGUCUUCUGCGCCGGCUGCGUUUUGCCCUGGGUGGUGCAGCAGGGCAGCUGCCCCGUCAACUGCCAGCGCAUCUCCACCAAGGAGCUCAACCACGUCCUGCCCCUCAAGAGCCUCAUCCUCAAGCUCGACAUCAAAUGCGACAACCACGCUCGGGGCUGCGAGGCGGUGGUCCCGCUGCAACACCUGGGCGAGCACGCCGAGACCUGCGACUUCUCCCCCGCCAAGUGCCGCAACCGCGGUUGUCGCCAGGUCCUCAACCUCCGCGACGUGGAAACCCACAUGCGGGAGCGCUGCGAGGCGCGGCCCGCCGGGCUCUGCGAGCAGGGAUGCGGAUUGAUGCUGACCCACGGCGAGCGGCGGGCCGGCGGACACGGCUGUCUGCGGGCCCUGCGAGCCCACGGAGCCGCUUUGCAGGCCCGGGCGACGGCGCUGGAGAAGGCGCUGAAGAAGGAAGCGCUGCGAGCCGGCAAGAGGGAACAAUCGCUGCUGUCGCGACUGGCGGCGGCUCAGCUGGAGCUGCAGGUGACGGCGCUGCGGUACCAGAAGCGCUUCACGCAGUACAGCGCCCGCCUCGACGCCCUGGCCCGAGCCCGCGCUGCCUCCCCCGGAAAGGGUGAAGAAACUAAAGCACUGACUCUCAUCCUUCAUCGUGACUCUGGCUCUCUUGGAUUUAAUAUUAUUGGUGGCCGACCAUGUGUGGACAAUCAAGAUGGUUCAUCUAGUGAAGGAAUUUUUGUGUCAAAAAUAGUUGACACGGGGCCUGCUGCUAAGGAAGGAGGGCUGCAGAUUCAUGACAGGAUUAUUGAGGUCAAUGGGAAAGAUUUAUCUAAAGCAACACACGAGCAGGCAGUGGAAGCCUUCAAAACUGCCAAGGAACCCAUCGUGGUGCAGGUCCUGAGAAGAACUCCACGCACCAAGGUCUUCACCCCUCCUCAGGAGUCUCAGCUGGUAGAUGUGGGCACACAGACUGAUAUCACUUUUGAACACAUCAUGGCUCUGAGCAAGAUGGGCUCACCUACUCCUCCUGUCUCUGUGCUAGACCCAUACCUCCUGCCUGAAGACCAUCCAUCAGUGCAUGAGUACUAUGACCCAAAUGACUACAUGGGAGGAAUUCAUCAAGAAAUGGACAGAGAUGAGUUGGAAUUAGAGGAAGUAGAUUUACACAGAGUGAACAGCCAGGACAAGCUUGGCCUUACUGUAUGUUACAGAACAGAUGAUGAAGAUGACAUGGGGAUUUAUGUGAGCGAGAUUGAUCCCAACAGCAUUGCUGCCAAAGAUGGUCGACUCCGGGAAGGGGAUCGCAUCAUUCAGAUUAAUGGCAUAGAGGUACAGAACCGAGAAGAAGCUGUGGCACUUCUCACCAGUGAAGAAAGCAAGAAUAUCUCCUUACUUGUUGCAAGACCAGAAAUUCAGCUGGAUGAAGGAUGGAUGGAUGAUGACAGAAAUGAUUUUCUGGAUGACUUGCACAUGGACAUGUUGGAGGAACAGCACCACCAGGCAAUGCAAUUUACUGCCAGCAUGCUUCAGCAGAAGAAGCAUGAGGAGGACGGAGGUACCACAGACACAGCCACCAUUUUAUCCAACCAGCACGAGAAGGACAGCGGCGUGGGGCGCACGGACGACAGCACUCGGAACGAUGAGAGCUCUGAGCAGGAGAACAACGUGGAUGAUCAGACCACCUCCUCCAACACUUUGGGGAGCCAGAAGCAGCUGACAUACAGCCACGACACCCUGGGAAGCGGCGACAUGCAGUUCAGCAACGAGUCCUUUAUCUCUGCUGACUGCACAGACGUCGACUUCCUUGGCAUCCCCGUGGAUGAAUGUGAGCGAUUCCGGGAACUGCUGGAGCUGAAGUGCCAGGUGAAGUCUGCCAACCCUUACAGCCUGUACUGUCACAGCAUGGAGAUGAGCAAGAGCGACCAAGAAAGUGUUGACAGAGAGCUGGAGAUGCUGAAUGAGGAGCUGCGUAAUAUUGAGCUGGAGUGCCUGAAUAUUGUGAGAGCUCACAAAAUGCAGCAGCUGAAAGAGCAGUACCGGGAGCCCUGGAUGCUCCAUAACAGCGGGUUCCGUAACUACAACACCAGCAUCGACGUCCGCAGGCACGAGCUCUCGGACAUCACGGAGCUCCCUGAGAAGUCUGACAAGGACAGCUCCAGUGCAUACAACACAGGGGAAAGCUGCCGGAGCACGCCGCUUACGCUGGAGAUUUCCCCCGACAAUUCCCUGCGGAGAACUGCGGAAAGCAUCGGCUGUCAAGGUAAUGAGGGGGCAGUGGCAUAUAGUGUCUCCCAAAAGAAUUCGUUUGCCAGCUCGGAAAGUCAUGAAUCCAGCAGUGCUAAAUGUCACGCCUCUGCUAAAGAGCCUGACCUUGGGAAGCAGCUGGAAAACAAGGAGAGAAAAGGCAGCGAUGGAAGCAAAAGCCCUACUCAUGGUCAGAAACCUUCUAGCUCCUACGUCUCUCCAUACCAUCACUCUCCCUAUAAGCACGCUCACAUCCCUGCCCACGCACAGCACUACCAGAGCUACAUGCAGCUGAUCCAGCAGAAAUCAGCAGUGGAGUAUGCACAGAGCCAGAUGAGCCUGGUGAGCAUGUGCAAAGACUUGAAUUCAAGCCCGAAUGAGCCGAGGAUGGAGUGGAAAGUCAAGGUGAGAAGCGACGGGACCCGUUACAUCACUAAGAGGCCAGUGAGGGACAGGCUGCUGAGAGAACGUGCCAUAAAGAUCAAGGAGGAGCGGAGUGGGAUGACCACGGAUGAUGAUGCCAUCAGUGAAAUGAAGAUGGGAAAGUACUGGAGCAAGGAGGAGAGGAAGCAGCAUCUUGUGAAAGCAAAGGAGCAGAGGAGGAGGAGGGAGUUCAUGAUGCAGAGCAGGUUGGAGUGCUUAAAGGAACAGCAAGGUGCAGAGGAAAAGAAGGAGAUGAACAUCAUUGAACUGAGCCACAAAAAAAUGAUGAAGAAGAGAAAUAAAAAGAUCUUUGAUAAUUGGAUGACAAUCCAAGAACUGCUGACCCACGGAACCAAGUCACCAGACGGCACACGGGUGUACAAUUCCUUCCUCUCAGUGACUACUGUAUAAUCACCCUUGCUAAAUUAUGUACAUAAAACACUACCAUUGAGGUAGAAAUCAAUGCCUCGUUCAAUGUGGCAAGAUUUUUGUAUAUAAGAUACAGUCAUCAAGUUUAUAGUUCAAAUACUGAACUCUACAACUGUGGGUGCCGGGAUCUCCACCCUGAAGUGGAGAGGAAGCUUUCCCAUCUCCUUCAGAGGCAAUACCAGCAGUGCUUUUUGGAAUACUGAUUGUACUUUUUUACUUCUUACCUUUUACAUGAAGUGUUUAAAUAUCAGAAAUGUAUUAACCAUACUUACACAGGUAAUUUGCUUAAACUAUAUUCAUAUUAAAAGGUACCCAUGCUUUUCCUUACCUAAAAGAAAAAAAAAAUGCAAAAACCCCACAAGAGCAACUGCACAUAUGUAUUUUUUUGUGAUAUUAUUUUGCUGUUGUUCACUUCUACACAAAGUGCUGUUUAUCGAUAUUUAGCUCAAGGUUUGAACUCAGAAGUAGAGUCAUUCUCUUGUAAUAUUUAACAUUUAUCAAACAGCAGUUUUUAGACUUACAAUCACCAUUUAAACAUUUUUCUUUUUAAGGUUUCUGAAGAAAGUAUAUAAGGGUUCAUCUGAAAAGCCUGAAGCCAAGUACACUAUCCUGCAGCUUUAAAUGAUUUUAAAGCAUGUUUGCAAAUGUUGCAACCUAUUGAAAAAACGUGCAUGUACAGCUGAUUUGUUGAUAUAAAAGUUUGCAGAAUUUGAAAAGCCCAUGGUAGUAACUGUUUGCUUUAUAGGUUUGAAUGUAUUGAAUUAUAAAAGCAGUUUCAUGAAAUCAUCAUUAGCUACAAACGUUAACAAGUAAAAUGAAGUAAAAUAAAUUAUUGUUUUAUAUUUCAAACUAUUUUAAAUUCUUUUGACUCCCCUCUGGUUUCAACACAUAGAAUAUUCUUUCUUUGAGCGUGGGUCCUGUGCUGCAGGGAUUCCUGGACAGCCCACAAGAGUCAAACCUAAUGGGAAAAUCUGCCUCGUGACUUUGGGGGAAAUUUAGGUUGAGAUUUUCUUGAGGGCAAGAUGGAAGUAAAAAUAUUAAGAAUAAAACAAUGCAUAAAUUCAACUUAUAAGACAUCUAAGAUGACCUGUGAGAGAGAAACAGGGCUUGUGCUCUUCUGUUUAGCUUUGGUUUGGGGUUUCUUAGUGGUAUGUACAAACUACAACGUGGGUUUGCAUUAAAACCAUCCAAUAUAUAGAUUAAAACCUACAGAUUAAGCAAAUAAAUAUAUAAAUUGAAAUAGGGAAAAAGACAAAAACUAAAUGUCACAGAUCUCACUCCUUUUCUCAUUUUUUUAGUUCUAAUUAGGAAUUCAGAUAUAAAUUGGGAAGGUUUGCUGGAGGAAGUAAAGUACCCUCAUUACAAACAACUCCCAGAUUCUCAGUCCCCUCUUUCUUUUCUCCUGCCACCACAAAAAAUCUUGCUCCCAAACUCCUCCAGAUUGCUGCUCUGAACUCUUCCAUCAUAAAUCUACAGAUCAAAACAAUUUAUAGAAGUGAAAUAUUGGAAAGGCAGAGAUUAGCAGCUUCUCAGUGCCUAUUCUGAAAAUAAUGUCUUUGUUUUGGGGAUUUUGUCCUCCCUUUGUGAAGUACCACUGAAAUAUCACUGAACAAAUGUCUACCAUAUUCCACAUCCAACUCUUCCAUACUCAAAAAUGCAUUUUCACCCCAUGUAAAUAGGCACUGCCCCUUGAAAUCUGGCACUCCUAUCAAUAACUCUGUAAAUUUAUCUUCCAACAAUAUUUUCCUUUGGGAUGGAAUACUUGUUCUACUGUAGUCUAUGAAAGACUUUUUUUUAAAUUGACUUAAGCCAGGAUUUCACCUCCUGUGAGGUGAAACAUUGUCAUCACCAUGGAGAAAGCAGGGGAAAAAAAGUGUUAUUUUCACAAGACACUACUUCACUGUCAAAAUAAGACACCUGCUAUCUUCAUCUCAGAUUUGCUUUAAUUUGGGUUCGUGCUGUGUUCAUCCCAGCUGCAGGUGUGAGAGCCCUAACAAAAUAUUGCCUCUCCUAAAGCUCAGAAAUUCAGAUGCACAGGCAGAGCUGUAAUUAGUGGGGAAUCUCAGUCCUUAAACCAGACACAAAAAGCCAAUUCAGCCAUCUUUAGUCUACCUGGAAAUACAAGAGUAAGAAUUGAAAUGUUCUAAUAAGGAAGAACUAUCAAAGUGUUCCUCAAAAAUAGGCUCCUUUGGAAUAACUGCACAGGAAAUGGUUCCUUUUGGCAUCAGUUAUAAAUGCUGAGCAUUGUAUGCAUGCGUGUAACAGCAGAAAGGUAUUGGGGAAUUCAGUGUGAUGUGUAGAAAUGACAUCAAAACAUCAUCAGUAUGAAAGUUUACCUUCUUUAAGAUGUUGAAAUAAAAUUAUUGGCCAAUAA